AUUUUAUUAUCGCAAACUGUUGUCCUACUUACAAUGCUCUUCUAUCGCUCACAGGCCCAAACAAACAGUUCAAAUAUUACAAAUGACAAACCUGAAGUUUCUGGAAGUCUCAGGCGAGACAAAAUCAACAUGUAUGGCUUUAUCAAGUUUGUCAAGUACGAGAACAGUUUUCUGAAUGUCAGCGCAGCUUUGAGCGCUUUUGUACUAAGACAAGGAGAAUGUGCGCUGCUUUGUGCCAACUUCUGGAAUGGUUUGUCCUUCAAUUACGCUGUUGACCAAGAUGAACAUGGACGACAUGUUUGUGAGAUUCUUGCCACAGAUAAGUACAACGACUCUACAAAGUUUUUGACCAACAGGACUGGAUUUUCGCAUUAUGGUAUCCAGAGCCCCUGUUCUUCUUCCCCUUGUUUGAAUGGUGCGACAUGCGAUGCUUUGUACGAAAAAGACGAGCAUGUCUGCAAGUGCAAAUCAGGAUUUCAAGGAACAUUUUGCGAGAAAGAAAUCAUCGAGUGUGCUAGCAAUCCAUGCCUUAAUCAGGGCAUAUGUACAGACUUGUUCAAUGGCUUCAAAUGCGCUUGCCUUCCAGGAUUUUCCGGAGUCCGUUGCGAGAACUCGACAGAUAUCGACGAGUGUGCUAGUAAUCCAUGCAAGAACGGAGCAAGUUGUGCUGAUUUCAUAAAUGGCUAUAAUUGCACCUGUGCAAAGGGGUACGAGGGGGCAAACUGUGAAAUAGAUAUUGAUGAGUGCGCAAGUAAUCCAUGUAAGAACGGAAAAGUUUGUAAAGAUCUCGUAAAUGGGUACAAUUGCACUUGUCCUGGAGGAUACGAGGGCUCCCAGUGCGAUAUAGAGAUCGACGAGUGCGCUAGUAAUCCAUGCAAGAACGGAGCAAGUUGUAAUGAUCUGGUAAAUGGAUAUAAUUGCACCUGUGUAGSGGGAUACGAGGGAUCAAAUUGUGAAGUAGACAUCAAUGAGUGUGCAAGURAUCCGUGCCAGAAUGGAGCAGUUUGCAAUGAUCUCGUAAAUGGAUACAAUUGUACCUGUGCCGGGGGAUAUGGGGGAUYAAAUUGCGAAUUAGAUAUCAAUGAGUGUGAAAAUAAGCCGUGUCAAAAUGGCGGAACGUGCAUAGACAAAGUUAACGCCUACAACUGUACUUGUGCUGUGGGAUAUACAGGCAGCAACUGCGAGAAUAUUGCAUAAUUGGCGGAAUAAU